AAUACUAGAUAGCGAUACACUAGUAUUCUAACACCUUCAUCUUUCUCUCCAACAAAAAAAAAGAAAAAAACACCUUCAUCUUUUGGUUCACGUCAAAAAGAAUAAAAAAAAAGCCACGUUAAUUUUGACAAAACCAUAGAGAAGUAGAACGAAUUGCUUCUGAUACCCGGGCACCAAGAACAAAUAUAUUCAUCAUAUAUACUCCCCAGAAAAAAUAUGAGCUUUCAUGCACUGAGCUUAUAAAAGUUUAAAAUCCCUCUCUUUCCCCAAAUUUCUAGCCUCAAAUUCUUCGAAUUUCAAUUUGGAUACCAAAAAAAAUCCCAUCUUUUGGGCAAUUUAUUAAUCAGCCAACAGUAUAAAAGAGAGAUGAGAAGAAGAAAUCAGUACAGAAAUUACUAUGAAGAUCCAUGUUUGACAAUGCAUCAACCAUGGGCUUCUUUGCUUGUUUAUGGCAUUAAACGCAUUGAAGGUAGAUCAUGGCCUGCUCCUAUCAGAGGUCGGCUUUGGAUUCAUGCUGCUAGUAAGGUUCCAGAUGUGGCUACAAUAAAAGCAAUGGAGAACUUUUACAGGGAGAUAUAUGCACUAGAUGGUGUGACUGAUCUCAAAUUUCCUGAUCAGUAUCCAAUUUCAAGAAUCAUAGGAUGUGUAGAAGUUGUGGGCUCUCUUAGACGUGAAGAGCUGGCAUGUUGGAAGGCAGUCCCUGAAGGGGUAAGGCUGGAAGGACUGACCGAUUUCUGCUGGCUGUGUGAAAAACCACAGAAAUUGUUGGAUCCUCUGAAGAUGCGAGGUGAUCAGGGUGUUUAUAACUUAGAAAGGAAGAUAGCUGAGGCUGCAAUUAGAGGUCUUCUUCCAGUGGAAACUCCAUGUGUAAUAAAAUUUCCACUACCAAAUCCAGCAGAUCACUAUUCGCUGAGGCCAGGAUCCUUGCCUUUUGACAAGUCUGAAAAUAAAGUUAAUGGAGCUGAGAAGCCAGUAAGUUUGAUUGCAGCAAUAGAUGGUGCACGUGCAGCAGCUACACAGUUUUCAAGGAAAGAUAAUAAACCUCCUAAAGACACCCGUCAGGACAAUAAUAUGAAUGAUAGAGAACUGACAAAUAAGCUAAAAGGCGUCUUUCUGGAAGAGAAUACAGGAAAGACUUGUGCUGACGCCGAGUCCAAUGACAGGACUGUAGGGAAGACCAAAUUAGAUGAUGUGACGAAACAAAAGCAGCGAGGUUCCAGUUCUUUGCGUAUAUUAGAUCAGCCCCUUGCUGGCUCUUCUCUGAUUUUUUCUGCAGCUGUUAAGGGAAUUCGGCCAGUCUGAGUUUGUGAAGGGACACUUAAAAGGAAGCUUUCUGCAUUAGUUAUUGAUUGCAUAAAGCUACAACAACAAGCUCUGUGCAUAGGUUAUGAUUGCAAUUUCUUUAUAAUCGUGUUAUAGAUUAUUUAUGUAUGUAUGAAUAGUGUCAAGCUCCCUCCAAUAUAUUAAUCCCACCUUUUUGUUAUUCAUGAAUAA